GCGGUGGCUUCCAUGCUGCUGGGCUGUGUUUGGGGCUCACUGUAACAUGGACUGACGGAGGGACACACAGGCAGGUUUAAUGAACAUGGCUAACGCGGUAUUUACUUACAUAGCGAUCUGCUGCGUGGGUCAUGUUAGUGUGCUGGGAAAACCAAGAUGUUUAUUAUUCUGAGACUGUGUGAAUCAGUGUCAGAGAGACAGGGGCAUGUGUGUGUUAGAGAGUGAGGGACUGACAUGGAGUAUUUCAGAGAGACAGAGAGUGUUAGAAAGUGAGGGACUGACAUGUGAGUAUUGCAAAGAGAAAGACAGUGUUAGAAAGUGAGGGACUGACAUGGAGUAUUGCAAAGAGACAGAGAGUGUUAGAAAGUGAGGGACUGACAUGUGAGUAUUGCAAAGAGACAGAGAGUGUUAGAAAGUGAGGGACUGACAUGGAGUAUUACAGAGAGAAAGAGAGUGUUAGAGAGUGAGGGACUGACAUGGAGUAUUACAGAGAGAAAGAGAGUGUUAGAGAGUGAGGGACUGACAUGGAGUAUUACAGAGAGAAAGAGAGUGUUAGAGAGUGAGGGACUGACAUGGAGUAUUACAGAGAGAAAGAGAGUGUUAGAGAGUGAGGGACUGACAUGGAGUAUUACAGAGAGAAAGAGAGUGUUAGAGAGUGAGGGACUGACAUGGAGUAUUACAGAGAGAAAGAGAGUGUUAGAGAGUGAGGGACUGACAUGGAGUAUUACAGAGAGAAAGAGAGUGUUAGAGAGUGAGGGACUGACAUGGAGUAUUACAGAGAGAAAGAGAGUGUUAGAGAGUGAGGGACUGACAUGGAGUAUUGCAAAGAGACAGAGAGUGUUAGAAAGUGAGGGACUGACAUGUGAGUAAAAGACAGAGAGUGUUAGAAAGUGAGGGACUGACAUGGAGUAUUACAGAGAAAGAGAGCAAGUUAGAGAGUGAGGGACUGACACAUGAGCACAUAGAGACAGAGAGUGUUAGAAAGUGAGGACUGACAUGUGAGUAUUGCAAAGAGACAGAGAGUGUUAGAAAGUGAGGACUGACAUGAGCUGCAGCAGACAGAGAGUUAGAAAGUGAGGGACUGACAUGAGUAUUGCAAGAGACAGAGUGUUAGAAAGUGAGGGACUGACAUGGAGUAUUGCAAAGAGACAGAGUGUUAGAAAGUGAGGGACUGAUAUGGAGUAUUAAAGAGACAGAGUGUUAGAAAGUGAGGGACUGACAUGGAGUAUUGCAAAGAGACAGAGUGUUAGAAAGUGAGGGACUGACAUGGAGUAUUGCAAAGAGACAGAGUGUUAGAAAGUGAGGGACUGACAUGGAGUAUUGCAAAGAGACAGAGUGUUAGAAAGUGAGGGACUGACAUGGAGUAUUGCAAAGAGACAGAGAGUGUUAGAAAGUGAGGGACUGACCUGGACUUUUGCAAAGAGACAGAGAGUAUUGCAAAGAGACAGAGAGUGUUAGAAAGUGAGGGACUGACAUGUGAUUAUUGCAAAGAGAGUGUUAGAAAGUGAGGGACUGACAUGGAGUAUUGCAAAGAGACAGAGAGUGUUAGAAAGUGAGGGACUGACAUGUGAGUAUUGCAAAGAGACAGAGAGUGUUAGAAAUUGAGGGACUGACCUGGAGUAUUGAGGUAUGAAAUAGAGUAAGAGAGGCAGUGGCAUGUCAGUAUUAGGGGCACAGUAGCCUGGGUUAAGUAAAUAGAAUAUGGUUGGGUGGGUGAGCAUUUGGGAAGUUGGUGUAAAUGUUGACGAGGAAGGGUAAAUGUGUAUAAUAGUUUAUAAAUAUAAAGUGGCACCUUUUGUCUCCUGUUGUAUUCUUUUAAAAAAUUUUUUUUUUGUAAACUAAGCAAGCCAUGGGAAGAACAAAAUCACGCAAAGAUGGGAAACCUAUAAAACAUAAAGAGUCUCGAUUUAAGAAAACCUCUAAAAGUCUGGAAACUUUUACCAGCGAGGUUCAUGAAGCAUUAGAUGGUAGGUUAACCUUAUGGUCACACAUGCAUGCAUCUUGUCAUUUUGUGGUUUAAAUUUGAUUCUUGUUAAUUAUUUCAGUUGAAGAUGUUUUAACCCCUUAAUGAUCAAACCUCUGGAAUAAAAGGGAAUCAUGACAUGUCAGACAUGUCAUGUGUCCUUAAGGGGUUAAGGAAUAAACCAAAUAGAAUGUCUCUGCUCUUCAUCGUGUCUACACCUUCGUGCAAGAGUAGGCAACCUUCAUCACUACAGAUGUUGUGAACUAUAUCUCCCAUAAUGCUCUUAAAGCUAUAAUGCUGGCAAAAGUAUCAGGGGAGAUGUUGCUUACUUUGAUGCACCCUCUCAUGAACUUUCUUUAUGUAGUCCUAGCUACACCUCCCCUGGCUGUGACUCACACAGCCUCCUUGGGAAAAAAACAUUUAAUUUUUGCAGCUCAGUGUGUUUAGUUGAGAAGUUCUUAUUUCUUUCAAUGAAAUUCCAGUCAGUCAAAAGCUAUCAUAAGACAAAACAGGAACUAUUCUUCCUAUGAUUGAGAAGACUUGACAAAAGGCAUAGCUGCUCCAGUCAAGUUUUGUCAAUUACUCCAGCCAUCACUCAUAACAACUAUAAGGGAAAAAGAUAUUGUGUAUGUAGAGGAUCUUGUGGAAUACUCCAUAGACAUCAGAGUACAGCUCUGACGUGGGUUCCUGGCAGGUGAAGUGCUCAGAGCUGAAGACUGUCCCUUGGAUGGACUGACAUGGGAUCCUGUAUUCAUUGAACCAUUACACAUCAAGCAACCAUUGUGGAUGUUUGCAAAAUGUGCAAAGACCCCCGAAGGUGACAGACGCUUUAAAUAGUAAAUGGACUAGAAUGGCAAAUAAACUUGUAUCUGUCUCCCAAUCACAUUUCUAUGAUACUAUGGUAUCUGUAGCCUGCACAUGACGCUAAUUUUAUCACGAGUAAGUAAUCUGUGUAUUUCCUGUGCCUGAAAAAACAUGGAUGCCUCUGAUAAACUAGCAUACUUUGCCACUGGUAGAGUUUUAUAUAUUAUAGCUCAGAGAGGGAGAACUACUGGUUACCAUAACUCAUUGUAAUGAAUAGUUGAGUGCUCCAUCCUUCAUUAAGACAUGUAACUUCCCUUUGUUUUUCCAUUGAAAGCCAGUAUUCAUGAAGGCGGUGAAGGGAGCGAGGUGAAGGUGAAAUUUCCCUGUCCCUUGGCCAUGUGGGACUUGGGUCACUGUGACCCUAAAAGAUGCACUGGGAGGAAGCUCGUCCGAAAAGAUCUAGUUAGGAGCCUACGCAUUAACCAGAGGUUUAAUGGUCUUGUCCUCAGCCCGAUGGGAACCUUAUAUGUUUCUCCUGCAGACAAGUAAGUUGAUUGGGUAAUGUGUACUCACUGUAUGAGUUUUGUUCAGUGUAAUGUUUUUAUUUAGUUUAUUUUUUUUCUGUAAAAUGUCCUCAACUCUGUUCUGUCCUAUCCUUAAAGGGACACUAGAGUCACCUGAACAACUUUAGCUUAAUGAAGCAGUUUUGGUGUAUAGAACAUGCCCCUGCAGCCUCACUGCUCAAUCCUCUGCCAUUUAGGAGUUAAAUCCCUUUGUUUAUGAACCCUAGCCACCCUUCCCUGCAUGUGACUUGCACAGCUUUCCAUAAACACUUCCUGUAAAGAGAGCCCUAUUUAGGCUUUCUUUAUUGCAAGCUCUGUUUAAUUAAGAUUUUCUUAUCCCCUGCUAUGUUAAUAGCUUGCUAGACCCUGCAAGAGCCUCCUGUAUGUGAAUAAAGUUCAAUUUAGAGAUUGAGAUACAAUUAUUUAAGGUAAAUUACAUCUGUUUGAAAGUGAAACCAGUUUUUUUUUUUUUUCACGCAGGCUCUGUCAAUCAUAGCCAGGGGAGGUGUGGCUAGGGCUGCAUAAACAGAAACAAAGUGAUUUAACGCCUAAAUAACAGUGAAUUGAGCAGUGAAAUUGCAGGGGAAUGAUCUAUACACUAAAACUGCUUUAUUUAGCUAAAGUAAUUUAGGUGACUAUAGUGCUCCUUUAACAUUGUGAUGGGUGUUUUUACAGAGCAUGUUGUGUUCCGCACAGGUGGAUAUUACAGCUCCUAAACCUUUGUUUUGCCAAUAAAGUGGCUUUGUCACUUCCAGGGGUCUCUGCAUAUUUUGCAAAGACCCCCAGAGGUGACCUCACAGCUUGGAAUGCUACGGCCCAGGAGUGCAGUAUACUUACCUGAAGCUGACCUUUAUUUACUUCCGUGAAGCUGUACCCCAUGGGUGCCGCAGCCUGCUUUCUUCAAAUCCUCUUUACAUGACAAGACCAGGUCUCGAGAUCAAUGAGAAGUAGCCAGAUUCUCACAAAUGUCGUUAGUUGGCACAGCAUUACAGUGGAAGCUCCAUGUUUUGUCACAUUCAGUUGUGACUGCAAAACAAAGAGUAGUUGCUACUUUGUCCUAUAUUUUUUGAUUGCAUUGGAAUUUCAAUGAAAUUCUUGGGUGGUAUGUUACUCCAUCCCUACUCUGUUACCGUGAAUGCAUUAACAGGGUUUUUAAAGUGAUUUUCAAAUCGAUAAGCCAGAGUAGCCAAACUGGUUUUGAGAAUAUAUAUAUAUAUAUAUAUAUAUAUAUAUAUAUAUAUAUAUAUAUAUAUAUAUAAAAAAAAAACUUUUUUUUGCAAAUUUGGGAAAACUUCAAACUGGGAUUUUUGCCUUUUCUUGGAUUAUCAGCAGUAGAGAUGUGAGCAAGGUCGAACUUGAUAGACACAAGUCUUAUUCCAAAAUCUCACUGUCACUGGACUUACUGCUAUUACUCUGUGGACUUUGAUAUCACUGCUUGCAAUUGCAGUGCAGCUCGUUUCCAUAUCUCUGACCCCAUAUAUUCCCCUCCACCUUGCAUAAUAUCCACUGCAUUUUAAAUGGCCAGAGAGGAAUGUACACAGUUAUUUUAGGGCUCUAUCUAGGUACGGGGAUAUCUAGAAACACUUUAAGCUAUGAGCUAGUUUAUAUUAUUGAAAAAAAGUAAAUAGAAAUUUAUAGAAUUUAAAUAAGCUUACAAAAAUCCAACCUGGGGUUUUCGUUAUUCACUCAAAAUGUAUAUCGAAUGUGCCUGUGUAAGGGGAUAAGAAAUACUAUUUUGAAAAAGGUUAAUAUCCUCUUAUCUAAUCAGCAGUCCUGUAUAGUUGCCCAUUUGGCAAUAUAACCCAUAAUAACAUUCUAUGGGGCAUGGGAGCCAUUUAGAAUGCUCCUGAUGUAAAUAGAAUUUAAAGAUAUGUUAUGGACUGGUCCAUGUAGGGUUUCCAUUGAGUCUGGACUCUGAUGUUCAACAGCAUCAUUACCUAAAUUUUUAAUCAUUGUGGUCAUCACAGCUCCCCUUAUUUCUCAGCCACUGUUCCAGGCUCAUUCGGCUUAUGUUAGACACUUGUCUUGGAUAGGUUUUCAUUUUUUUCCCUCUCUCUCUAAGUGGGCACUGACGUACUACCGCACCUUCUGCUCAUUGUGAUAUAAAUUGAUGAGAAAUAAAUGGCUUUGCUGUUUGCUGGCACGAGGGUUUAGGAAUGGCUCAUUCAUAACCACAGCUCGGCAAGAACACACUGUCACUGUGAACUGAGUCACUCGAUUUGCUGCCAGACAUUAAUCAUUUUCCUCUCCAUAAAGAUCCGCAACAUUGACACUUUUACUGAAUCAUUCAGAGUAUACCUGUUGUGGCACAAGAAACCAAUUAAAAUAGAUCUCGUAAUCCUAAUUAAAUGUGCUUUCAUUACUUUAAAUAAUAUAUAAGCAAUUCUCAAACAUUUUCUAUAUAGCUAGUAAAAUGUAUAGAAUACAGAACAUAUAGUGUCGCGUUCACUUUUUGUUUUUUACUCUUGGGGUUUCAGACCCUGUACCUAUUUGAGACAUUUUAUUCCAUUAUUUGCAUCAAACUAUUCCUUACUGAAUCUUUUCCAUUAUUUUUGUUUUGAUGUUUUUAUUUUGGGUUCACAUAUUUGUCACUUUGACAGGAUUAUUCAAUAAAGUGAGAAUCCAACUUAAAUUCAAAGUGAAUUUCAAAUUUAAGGUCAAAGUAGACAAGCUGGAGAAAUUCGGCUAUGCUUUAAGUUCAGCUACUCUGGCCUUAAAUUUGAAAUUCACUUUCAAUUCUCACAUUCGUGAAUAAUGUAAAUUAUUCUAUAUUUUGGAAAUGUCUCUUACAUGCAUUUCACACUGAAGUGUAGUUGAUCUUGAGUGACAUGAACAGAUGACCAUGUGUUCUAAGCUAUUCUCUAUUUCUGAGGGUCCAUGGAACAUGGGAUGAGCUAAUAGGGUUAUUAGAAUUGCAAACAAUCAUAUUGUAUCGAUAGCAUUGACUUGUAAUGCGUACACAUCCAUUUUGGUGCUAUAUAUGUAGGAUGUAUUAUCUGUGAAAGGGAAAGUCUAGGAGAAUCAGACACAGACUCUGAGACACGGAACAUCAAGGCAGAAUGUCUUCACACUCUGUCCAGCAUGUACCAUCAGCUGUUGACCUAUUUAACAUCAAUGACAUUGUAAGUACUGACUUUGCAUUAGCGAAGCAAGAAAAAUAAAUCUCUCUUAUAAGAAAAUCCAGGAAAGUCUGAUUGCGUUAUAUGUUUAUAAAGUUUAAGUGAAGAACUAUACUAUGCAUGAUACAAGGCGAGCCACCCAACGAUAAGAAGAAUUUUACAUGCAUAUGAAUAUGUAUCAAGCAGAAUAAUUAUACUGAGAGUUGACAUUCAUUACAAAUAACCUGUUGGUGUAUGAAAAAAGAAGCCCAAUAGUGCGCCAUAUCUUACGGACAGUUUACCACUGCUGUUAGGGGGACGGCGUUUCUGUGACAGGCAAGCAGCUUUCAAAUUCUUCCUUUUUAUAUAAUGGUGCGAACAUGAAAAGUGAAAGUAAAUGUAACACUUUUUAUACAUAACUAUACCGUAUAGUCUUUUUUGUUUUGUGUUGCAAAGAAUAAAUUGCCUCCUACCUUUCACUUGUCAUUUGACAAACCCAUAUUUCUGCCAAGAUUUCAUUCUAUCCCCCUUCUGCUUCUCUGCAGAGAGACUGCGAAUGGUGUCUGAGCUUACAAGAAGUUUUGUUGGUCAAACUCCACACUAGCGUUCUUGCAGCAAGGGGGAGGAGGGCUCAGAACACACAGACUACACUAAAGGAAUUUUGCAGUAACAUUUAGUUCUAGGAUGCCGUGUAAUCUCUGCAGAAAGUUGUGGUGGGGGAGAAUAAAGCUUUAAACAAUAUCUUGUCAAAACUGUCACAGUGGAUUUUAACCUUGCUUCUGAUAGGGUUAUACAAUAAAGACAGGUGAAAAUGAAUCAAGAAAUUAGAACUUUAUCACUGUAUAUACUCCUUUUAUAAAACACAUUUAAUUGUAUCCCUGCUCUGUUGAGGAUUGAUGUCUGCAAUCUUUCUCAUUAGCUAGUGGGAAUUAGGUCAUAAAAAGGAAUUUGUUCCAUCCGUAUAAAUCCUUCUAAAUUAAUUCUUCUACUAUUCCCAUAAUGCUUCUUCUUUAGAUGAACGUUUGAAGUACUUAGACCAGCGGUAGACCCUGUGAAUCUCACAACACCGGAACCUUUUUUGUAUUGAUCUACUUGAGAAAAUUACAAACUCUCCGGGAAACCUGCAGUACACUUCAUCUUAUUUAGCUAAUUAGGGUAUCCUUUCCAAAUCACCUGUUUGUUUUUUGCUCCAUGCAAAGGCAUUCUGUGGAAACCUUUCAGUAAUUAAAUUAUCUGUCUAGCCAUGAACAGAUGACCUUGUUACAAUGAACAGAUAUUAGUUGCACAUGUUCCAUUUCCUCCUGCCUGCAUCAGAGAAUAGUGUUUCAUGUCACUUAAAACUAUUGGAGACGGGUAAGUUGGAGGACCAGUUACAGAUGACCACAUUGCACAGCCGGAAGUUUUUAAAUGGGUAAUCGCCACACCAUAACCACUACAGCUCAGUAAAGUGAAUUUGGCCACCUCUCCCUGUUUUUGUUGUGUGUUUUGUAAAACCGUUUAAGAAGAGUUUGACAAAAUUAAAGACUCUCUCUGCACUCAUAGCCUGCCUCCUAGUGAAGCCACAUGCUUUGGAAAUUCUACUCUUGCAUUUAAUACAAUUUUGUGAGCUAGUUUGGACAGGGCCGUUUUAACCUGCUGAUCCUGUAUGUCAUGCAUAUUUUGUCAGAAUUAGAUGUUUGUCUUGUUUCCUAUUGUACAGCACUGAGGAGUUGUUGGCACUAUAUAGUUUUAAUUUCUAUAGGUGGAUAUAGAAGUUUUCUUUCUUUCCCAAACUGCUCUAACACAGUUUAACAGUAAACCCGGGAGCAGUUCCUAUAGGCUUUUAACACCAUAUACACUUCAGUGAGCUAGUUCUUGACUAGGUAGAAUUGUAUGCUUGUCUUUUGCAUAUUCUGCAUGUUGUGAAUACAUUGUUAAAGGACCACUAUAGUGCCAGGAAAACCUACUCGGGGAGAGGAAGGGGUUAAAAUCUUACCUUUCUCCAGCGCCGGGCGGGGAGCUCUCCUCCUCCUCUUCGGCUGAAUGCGCAUGCGCGGCAGGAGCUGCGCGCGCAUUCAGCCAGUCUCAUAGGAAAGCAUUCAUAAUGCUUUCCUAUGGACGCUUGCGUCUUCUCACUGUGAUUUUCAGUGAGAAGCACGCAAACGCCUCUAGUGGUAGAGGCUGGAUUAACCUAUUUAUAAACAUAGCAGUUUCUCUGAAACUGCUAUGUUUAUUAAAAAAAAUGGGUUAACCCUUGCUGGACCUGGCACCCAGACCACCUCAUUAAGCUGAAGUGGUCUGGGUGCCUAGAGUGGUCCUUUUAAAAGGACAUUAUUGUCACCAAAACCACUACAGCUUAAUGUAGUGGUUCUGGCGAGUAUAGCCUGUCCCUGCAGCCUUAGCACUGUAAGUGUUUACUUUACAGGAACACCUUUUUAGUGGCAGCCACUCAGACAGCCACUGGAGGUGCUUCCUGGGUCAGUGCUGCACAACAUGCAGCAAUGACAUUCAGCAUCUCCACUCUCUGCAUGGAGAUGCUGAACUUUCCUCGUAGAGGAAUUCAAUGCCAAUGGGAAUAUUAUACUUCUCUUAUAAUUCAGGCCAAUGGGAAUAUUAUACUACUCUUAUAAUUUUAUCCACUCAUCACCUUUUAAGUUAUUCAAAUUGUCUCAAAUUUAAUUGACCUUUUGUACUAUAUUGUAGAUUGUUAUGCAGUGUAAUUACACCAGAUAUUGGCUGCAGGAAUGUUGAAAUGGGAAAUAGUGUGAGCUGUAUCUUCCUUAUUCCUUAGAGCAGUACUUUGGGUCAUAUGGUCCUUACUUUAAAUUCUCUUAAAUUUUUACGAAUUCUAUUUAAAGGGACACUCAGGGCAUGAAAACAACAAUUAAGUUUUAAUGGUGCGCAGGACAGGAUUUGGUUUAAGUCUUCAGGCGGGCGCCUAUCUGUAACUCCCCGUUAAGAAAAUAGAGUGAAAAAUGUAUGUGUCUCUUUUACUCUCACUCUCAAUAGGGAGCUACUUUUAGGCAGAGAGCAUCAAGUGUCACUCUCAGUGGCACCCAAUCCGCAACUUCCUGAUUGAAGCUGUAGACGUUGAGCGUAAUUACAGGGGCAGAGUGAAGACUUUGGGGUUAAACCCUUCACCCUUAGGGUAAGACAACACCCUGGACCUACUCAAACCAGAACAACCUUAUUGCAUUUAAGUUGUUAUGGUGCCUGACAAGUCCUUUUAAUAAAAAUAACAUAAGUAGCAUUUAUUACAAAGCCUGUGACCUAUAUAAGUAUUUAUGGAUUUUUUUUUUUUGUUCCCAGGCAGAUUGUUGCAGACAAUGGCGUGGCGGUAAUAGAUUGCUCAUGGGCUAAACUUGAUGACACUCCUUUUGCCAAGAUGAAAGGAAGCCAUCCAAGAUUGCUGCCCUACCUGAUUGCUGCAAACCCAGUGAAUUAUGGACGCCCGUGCAAACUUUCUUGCGUAGAAGCCUUUGCAGCAACAUUUUGUAUUGUAGGUAAGUAGUUUGCAUAAUUCUUUGCUACAUCUGCUCUGUAUAGCGAUUUGAAGUGGAAGUAAUCUGACAGCCAAUGGAAUUUUAGAAAUUUCCUCAAAAUUAAGUUUACGUUUGCAUACGCAUAAAAAGACAGCAUUAUGUAAAACAUCUGGUCAAAACAUACACCCGUGUGGGCAAAAAGAGACGACAAUAGUUGAACUAUUAAUAAAAUAGUGGGAUAUUAAGUAAGUGAAGAAAAAACUAAAGGAAUUCAGUGAUUAUUUUUUUUGGAUAAUUUUACAUUGGUGUGAUUGGCUAGAAACUGUUAAAUGUGAAAUUGCAGGUGAGAAGUCAAACCAAUCUAAAACUAUUUGAGUCCUUACACUGGGGGACUCCUUGCAACAUAACCACUCCAGUGCGAUAUAGUGGUUAUUGUGCUUGGAAUGUUCCUUUUUAAGAGCUCUAUUAUACUAUGCAUUCUGUGCCUCUGUUCCCAUUUCGCCUCCUAGCUGUGGAUGGCAGCUGGAGGCAGGGCACAACUAAAUAAUUGCUUUUUUAUAACAUGCUAAUAUAACACACUAGAGGCACAGUUUAUCCUUUACUCUUUCUCUUUAUUUGUGACUUGUAUUUGGGAAGAGAGGCCAAAGGAAUGAUUUUCUUUCGUACUACCUCUAGUAGCCACUUUGUGUAGAACCUGCCAGUUAUAUCCUAAAAACUAGCUAAUUGUCUUCCUUCACCUCCAUCAUCCAUUCCCCUGUACGUCUUACCUCUAGCUAUUUCUCUCCUAAUAUUCUGUUCCUCAGGGUUUUUUUUUUUUUGCCUCUACCUCUGUAUAACUUGUAUCUCUCCGUCUGACACACAGACUUGAAAGCCACAUCAGGCUCACUCAUACUUUUGGGACGUUUCCCCCAUCUCUUGUACAGCACUGUGUAAUACACUGGUGAUUUAUACAUACUACAGUUGUUUACCUUUAAAUUGUGCCCAGGUGAACUGUUUGUUCCUUUCUGAAUUUAGCAUACAAUAACCUCUUUACUAUAUUGUUUCUCUUUAUUUUCCUCUCUAAGGCUUUCCAGACCUGGCCACAAUCCUCCUACGAAAAUUCAAAUGGGGAAAAGUCUUUCUCGAUUUAAAUAAAGGUCUGCUGGACAAGUAUAGCAAGUGUGAGAACGUGGAGGAAGUUAAGAAGAUUGAAACUGAAUAUCUAGCUGGAGAACAUGAUGAAGAAGCAGAGGAUUAUGGUAAUGAUUGCUUGCUACCAUGAAGAUUCAAUCAGUUAAUGCACCAACUGUGGAAACUUUUCAAAGUGUCUGGUUUUAUACUGGUCGUGACUUUCCUGGUAUAUUUAAAAUAGGGCGAUGGGACUAAAUAUUUGAUUGUUUUGAUAUACUGCUUUUUAAAUUCAUACACUAAUGAUAAUAAGCUAAAAAAGUCAUCUUGUUUCUUUGUAAUAUGGAAAAGGAAAUAGGUGUUAACAAAUGAAUUUUCCUUUAACAUUUCAAUUCCAAACCCAAGCCAGCAGCAGUAGUGAAUGCUUAAAAUGUCACCUUGCCAAUGACAAGUGGAAAUUCUGAAUAGAAACAACUUCACUGACCCCGUCAAGCAGUUAUUGUAUUUAGUGGGAAAUAUGUUUUCUUCUUAUCCUGGAUUUGGCUGCUGUGACAAUAUAGACUACAUAUAUGUGCUGCUGCACAAGGCAUCUUUCAACUCCUAGCCAGCAUCCACAUGCCCUGUCUGUUCCCAGCGCCCAUGUUGCAGAAGGAUAUUUGUUAUGGUAAGUAACUUUUGGACCUAGUGGUGUAGGACUUGAAAUGUCAUGAUUUGAUGUGAGCAUUAUAUAUGUGUUAUGAAAUUAAUUCCAAAAAAGGUAAUAGAUUAACAGCAGAAAAACAAAUUAUUUUUUAAAUGUAUUUUUUACACAAUGUAUCUUUCAGUAAUAAUCCGUAUGAACAUCUUGGUGAUUCAGGUUUGCCUGGUCCGUGUCUCCUUUAAGUUUUCUUAGUUUCCAUAAAAUGAUGAAUCUGAUAUUGGGAUAUUGGCUGUGCUUCCUUGUGAGGCAGUUUUCAUAUUGAUGUUCAGAAAUCUUUAUACCGCCACUACCAACUCACUGAAACAGGUCUGAACACUAAUGCUAACUUUAAUCCAGUAACAUAACUUGUAUAUCUCCCAGCAGAGGCAUUUCCUGUGCAACGAAUCUGCCCUAAGCCGUAAAAUGUACCAUUGUAGGAGCCUACACAAGCAGGUUAAUAUUGCAGAUGGUUCCAGUCCUGUACUUGUACCUGUUGGAGGUUAUUGCCUAAUGUUUAUUGCCCAGUGGAGGUUCUUAUCAGAUGCAGUUGAUAAAAGGUCUCCUUUUGUGAUAAUUGUUCGAUGUAUGUUUUCAUUGGAGCUGUUACUUCUCAAUUGUAACCACGUCAGCCUACUUUUUUAAAAAGUGUUGUAGCUCAUAUCUAUUAACAUGGAGAUUGUAGUGAUAUGUAAUUUUUCUUUUCUUUUUUUUUUUUUUUUUAGAUCCUUUUGAUGUGGAAUCUGGAAGAGAGUUUGCUAAUCCCAACAGGGUCAUCAAGCCAAUGGGGUAACCAUCAUAAAAUUAUUUAUUUUAGAAAAUCCAGAAGGUUUUUAAGAGAUUUGCUUAUUUUAAAAGGUUUCCUUCAGGAUUAGUUCAACACCAGUGUUUUAAUUAAUUAGAUCAUUGGCUCCUUACUGCGAAGUUGAGACCAUUAAUUGGGUACCCAUUUGAUGUUUGGUUCCCCAUUAGUAAGGAUCAUUCACAUCAUAUACUUUAAAGUUGGGGGGCGAAAAGUAUGAUUAAGGUUUGCUAAAUUGAUUUUACUGUUAAUAUAUUACACUUGGAGAAUGAGUCAUUGAGUUAAUUUUACAAUUGGAUAAUGUAAUGCACUAUGUUGUACAUAAAGAGAGAGAGGAAGACAACGAUAUCAGAAAAAACCUAAUACGUGGUCAUAAAUAUGGUCAGAGAUGUAAUGUGGGCAUGACCCAAGUUAAUUAGAAAAAAUAUACAAAUAAGGUAAAAGAAUCUGCCUAACAAUGGUAAGAAACCCUCCUUACUGAAAUUGCCUCCUAAUUAAAGUCAUUCAAAGGUAAUGGCAAAAUAUCAGAAAAUAAGAAUAAACUUUAUUUAAACAAGAUCCUGAAAUUAAAAUACGAUAGAGUAAAGUGAAAAAAAGGAGAGCAGGAGAAAGUGUCUUGUAAUAAUCAACACGUAUAAUGGGUAUUGAAAAGAAAAAUCUCUAUAUAAAACCUAAGUGUGCUGAAUGCACAGAACAAUAUGUAUAGUAUAGCCUGAGAACAUCAAAAUGUCCGAGGUGUUCAGGAUAUCAGGUACACCGCAGGCAGCAUACAGAACGUUUCUGGGACAGUAGGUGAAAAGAUGGUCAGAGAUAUGUAGUAGCCAGUGGGGUUCUAUGAAUAAGACCCCUCAGAUAGAGUCGUGGGAGUAGACCUGCAUCUAGUUGAAUGGAGGCAUAACCCCACAGUAAAACCAAUGGCAGCCAAACCCCACUCCCAAACCAGCCGUGCUAAUAUUCCUCCAUAACUAGGAGGCUAUCCAGAGAUAUGACUAGAGCUAUCUAACCUUAUCACCCAGGCUAUCUGCUGCUUCAUGGCAGCUAAAAGAUUCUAUGUAUGCGUGUUUAACAUAAAGAGCUGCAGCUAACACAAAUGGAUACAGACUAUUUCCUUCUCAAUAGAAACGGGAAUUAAAAGAAUAAGUGCAUUGGCACUCGAGCUACUUAGUGUGCCGACGCACUUUUUUCUUUUAGUUCACGAUGUUACUCCUUGCAUUAUGAAAAAAAAAAUACCUGGUAGAGCAUGUCUGGAAGAUGUGACCUAUGUAACUGACUAAUUUCUUUAACCCCUUAAGGACCAAACUUCGGGAAUAAAAGGGAAUCAUGACAUGUCACACGUCGUGUCCUUAAGGGGUUAAAACAAACCGGCCUUUAAAACCAUAUAUGGAAAUGUUAGUUAAAUAAAAAGAAAACCGUGGGAAGCGAAGUAACUUAUUGCGCUUUCCACUUUUUUUUUUUUUUUUUUGUACUAAUGUGUAACUCUGUUUUUAGUGAUUUGUGGCACUGGAUUCACAUGUAUUUGUGAAUAGCACCAGAUCUCACCCCAAAUUCACCAUUGGUGUUUAUUAAUUUAUAUUAUUAUAUGUGGAAAUGGAAUGCUUAUUAAAUGGCAGCAUGAAUCUAUAGAACUGCAAAUGCUAAAUAAACAAGAUACUCUGUUGACAUCGGGUCUUUAGGGACUAUAUAGCGAUGACACAAGUGGUCAAUAAUUGUAAACACUGGACACAAACUUAGUGCCAUGUGUGAACAAAGAAUUACUGUUUCUUGGAAAGGAAUCAGUUAAUUGUAAAAGGCUUGUGGGAGUCUAUUGUAAUGUUUGUUGAUUUAAAGAUAAUUUCCACUUAUUUUAAUAAUGCACUAUAGUGAUAAUAUAUUAACACUAUAACUACAUUUCUGCAGCUGCUGCUCAUCUAUAGGCAAGCAGCAGAGAAUUCCUCCCAGGUCAUGAAGAUAGACCAGAACGAGAGGCUCCUGAUCCUAUCCCCUCCCAAAAAAACUAUGGGUAGAGAAGGAAAAAUGUACUGUUUGGAGCAAUUUUCAGAAAUCUGCUAUGUACAAGGAAAUAGAGUGCUCAUUGUUGCAUAACAAAUAUGGUUAUGAUGCUGUUAAGUAUUCGAUGGUCAGACACACAAAUUAUAAAACAAACAAAGAAUGCACACCAAAAGACCAUAAAAAGUCUCUAUCUGUAUUUAUUACAUCAGUAGUGAAUAUACAAUACUAAUACAGCAGUCAAUGACUCAAUAGGCUAAAUAAUAAAUAUUUACCACAUUUCACAAGCCUAAUCGGGCAGAAACACGAUUUGUUUGUUUGAUUUGUGUUUCUGCCCGAUUAGGCUUGUGAAAUGUGGUAAAUAUUUAUUAUUGUUUAUUAUUUAGCCUAUUGAGUCAUUGACUGCUGUAUUGGUAUUGUAUAUUUACUAGUGAUGUAAUAAAUACAGAUAGAGACUUUUUAUGGUUUUUUUUGAUGUGCAUUCUUUGUUUAUUUUAUUAUUGGUUAUUUUGGCAUUUGAGGGAGUACCACUAGUGAAUAGCACCCUAGUAAUUGUUUAUUAUUAAUGUUUAUACUAUUAAGUAUUCUCUCCGUACUUUGUAUAUUAACAGACACACAAAUUAGCCUUCUAACAAGGCACUAGCCAUUUAACAUUUACUUGAGGAAAAAAAAUAUUGUAUUCUUUCAACAGGACAACACAUGGUGACAAAGAUGAGACGGAAGAGGAUGAUGAAACCGAUGAGGAGGACAGUGACGCAACAGAUGAAGAGCAAGAAAACAUUUCAGGAGAGGGAACGGAAGAGGAAGAGGAGGCAGCAGCAGCUUCGAAACCUGUUGUAUGGAAAGGUGUGAAAAAGAGACUUCGAGACUAGAAAUUAAAAGAUCAGCAUUAUGGCUGCUUCGCUAUGUAAAAAAAAAAUCUUUGUAUUACUAGUACUUGGUACAAAAUCCAGUUUCUGUAUGUAAUAUUGGUUGUUAGCCUGUAAAUAAUAUAAAAAGACAAUUAUAAACUGUCAGUCUUCUUCCUUAUUAUUUCUGUGCUAUAUUCAGCAGAGAAUCGUGUGUUUAAUGAGAUGAUCCUCAUCUUUAGUACAGCAUAUCUGCAGUUAUAGAGAGGCUGUCAGCGUAUAAGAUGAGCAUCCUAGAGCCAAAUGUGACAUUACAAGGAAAAAUGAUUCGAGGAGGUGAACAUGGGGGAGCCUCACACAAGUAGACGUAACAUGUAUUUCCGUACAUAUGUAGAAAUGCUCUAAACGUUUUGCAGUGAGAUUGAUUUGCUUGCUGUCCUGCGGUGCAUGAUAUUGUCGAUCUUCAUCUUCGCAACUCCUGAUUCAUAGACCACUAUGCACGUUGCAUUCAUCACCAAAUCACAUUCAUAAACCAUAUGAAGUACACUCACGUGUUACUUAUAUGACAACAGCUGUUCUACAAAGACUUUAUCACAUUCAGCAUCACCAACAACCACAGGAAAUUAAAAAUAAAGGGGAAAAAACCCUGCGCUGAUAUUUUUAUUUUAUUUUCCAUUUUCUAAAAUACCCCCUCACUGAGUUAUCAGGAUUUCUUUAGCCUGAUGAGUAAGUCAUUCUGCAAGCUGUCUGACAUGGGCUGUUAUCGAUCAACUCAAUAGAGGAUUUUAAUAUUUAGUUGCCAGAUUACGUGAUGCCACAUCUCCUCUGCUUAAUAUGAACAAUUUAGUGCCGAAUUCAGCAUUGUCUGGUGGCAAAUCUACCUCCGCUGUGUGACAACAUUUGCAGUUAAACACUCAAUGAAAACUGCUAACAAGAAUAUUGCAACGCCCACGGAGCAUUAACAAGAGUUAUCAUAUCACUGUAGGUUAUUGGAGUGCCAGUGUUUAAUGAAAACAUAAUCCUUUAGGUUGUUUCACAUUUUAUUAAAUGUAAAAUACAAAUAUAAAACAUUUUAAUCAACCAUGUAAAAUGUACUGUACUUUGCCAUACUUAGAUCUGUAAGGAAACAUUAGCUUUUCAGACAUUUUCUACAUUCAGUUUACGUACAGACAGAUAUAAAAAUAUACGUAGAAAUGUUAAAUGAGGCAACCUUUCAGGAAAUCCAAUCAAAAUUAACAUACCUGUGGCAUAUACUAGUUAGCAAGACUCCCGUUUCUAUGUAGAGAUGAGCAAAUUUGGAACUCCUUUUAACUGCGGUGUUUUGUGAACCUCGCAAUUUGCAUUACAAUUGGGAUUUCUUUUCUUUUUCAUUCAUUAAAAAUGCACAGUAGAGCCCAGAAAAUAAUAUUGCCUAUUUCAAAAGCCAUAUCUAUUCAUCAAUGUGUCAUUAUCUUGAAAAUUCUACUGUAUUCCUAAUCUGGGAUGUAAAUCAUGUAGUGCAAUAUUUCUUUAGCACUUGAAAUAGUCUGUAUGCGCAAGAAGCAACUUUGCAUCAAUGUCAACUGUCUGUUGCUUAAUGAGAUUUUUUUUUUUUUUUCCCUGAAAAAUAAUCUCGGUACAUGAACCACAAAUGUCUAAAAGUUAAAGGGACACUCCUGUUAGAUUAAACGAUUAGGUUUGAAAAAGAAUUAAACAAAACAUGUAUUUAUUCUCUUGCUCAUUAAGCAGAAACACGCAAGUUGCCGACCACAUAGCCAAAAGCAGAGAAUCCACAGGUUCAACAGUGUGAACUUCAAACAGGAUUUAUUGGGGACAGGAACAAAAAAAAAUACAACUUUUCGGGCUAGCUGUCUAUACAGUAAACGGAGAAUUUUUAGAGGUGCAAUUAUUUGGAGUGUACUUUUAACUUAUUGUAUUAGAAUAUUUUGGUUGUAUUUUCUUAUAAAACUAAAUACUGUAGCAAAUACUUUACAUCUCAGAAAAGGAAUGUAGUAGAUUUCAGGCUGUUAACGUAUAUAUAUUUUUUUUAUGGUCAUUAAUAUAAGCAAUUUACUUUUCUAUUUUACUAACCCUUUAUAAUAGCUUUAAUUAUUACAUGAUGUCUGAACCUACCCAACUCAGUUUAGACACAACACAUCUGUUUUUUGUUUUAUGGUUUCAGAUUUGAAUCUGCUUGUCUUUUAGAAAUCCAUUCUGGACCAUUUUAUCAAAAAGGUUACACGGAACAAACUGUGAAACUUCAGGCAUCUCUUACCGUGCACAGAUAAAAGUUACAUCACAACUGUGAAUAUAAAUGCAUAUCCAUAAAAGUUCACAUCUCGUUUUUGGUGUGCCACAUUAGCCACACUAAACACUACAAUAAAGGCUCAGGUUUGAGAAGCUCAUUCAUAGUAAAUAAAACCUUACACCCCAUUAAAAAUACACACACACACACACAAACACAAAGAAAACUUUACAAGCCACUAUAUUUUUAGAAUUAGGAAAACAAAACAAAUAUAACUCGAUAAUAGGGAUAUUCUGCUGUUUAAUGCAUUGUUCCUUGACUUCCAUUAACCCCCUACAUUCAGUGAGCCUGUUAAAGUUAAUAGGAGUGGACUGAUGGAAGAAUAUAUAUUUUAAGAACCUAGUACAGUAUCGUCCCUCCUUCUUUUAACUCCUAUUAACCACUUACAGUCCAUGCUGACAACAGAACCAUCUGAUAUGAGUAAAAAGUCCCAGUGAAGACAUGUGGACAUUUUAUUUGCACAGUCUUCCAAGAUCGGUAUCCUACACAUAUAAUCGUGAUAAAAACAUGUCUUUAUGUAUGAAUACAAUUCUUGAUACAUGGGCAGAUGAUCACUCAUUGUAACACCGUUCCACCUGCCUUAUAGGGUUUUAAAAAAAUUUUUUUAAAUAAAAGGAAAAUGUUAAAUCUAUUUAAAUCAAGGAAGUAAAACACAUCUUCCUUCUCUUUAUAAGGACAGUUUAUCGUAAAAAAAUUGGACUAAUCUCUAUUGCAGAAAAAAGAGCCUUAUGCGUUUCGCACCUUAAUGGUGUUUAGUUCAAAGGAUUUAAACUUGCAGAGGACUGAAAUAAAUUUUGUUAUCUUUGUGAAGUAAGUCAUUUGGUUAUAAAUCAUGUUAUGUAACGUUAAUAAAAUCCAUGGCAAUGGCUGUGGCUUUGCUAACGAUGUGUAUGUAUGAGGAGCGAUUUUUGGGAUACGUUUUUAAAUAUAAGCGAACAUUAAAUAUAUAGCUGAUCUAUAAGAUUUGUAUGUAGCUUUAAAGGAACACUAUAGUGUUAGGAAUACAAAACUAGACUCCUAACACUAUAAAUGCCCCUCUGACCCUCUACUGGCCAUGAAAAGGUUAAAAACCCUUUAUCUAAUUUUCGUGCUAAGGUCCCCCGGCGCUGGAUUGGUCUCCUCCUCUUGUGACAUUACAGCUAUUGGGGAACCUAAUGUGCAAAGGUAUUAGGGCUUCCCCAAAGGAAAGUACCGAAACAAUGCUUUCCUGUGGAGAUUUUCAAGAUGCUUGAUGUCCUCAUGCGAAGAGGUAGGACAUUCAGCGUUAAUUCACGGUGUUAAACUCCAGGAAGCACCACUAGUGACUGCCUGGAGAGACAGCCACUAGAGGGUGGAGUUACCCCUGCAAUAAAAUUAUUGCAGUUUCUCAGAAACUGAAAUGUUUUACAUUGCAGGGUUAAGGGGACAAGGACACUGCACUCAGACUACUUCAAUUAGAUUAAGUAGUCUGGGUGCCUAUAGUGUCCCUUUAAGCCAGAAAGAUCCAUCCCUUAGUAGGUCCAGGUUUUGUAAGGAUUGUCAUCGAACAGAAAAGGCAAAACUCUAAAUCCUGGAAUGUUGAGGUACAUUAAGGAAUGGGUUGAAACCACAGUUUUACAUCAAGGCCAUUGGAAAUCAGACAUCUAAAGUAUAAGGAGUAGGAUUAGAUAACUUUUGUUCUUCUCUGUUAACUUCCCUCACAGUCUAUGGUCCUUUUAAUUUUUGUAUAUGCGCCAUCACGAGGAGACAUUGGUUGACAUACAUGUCACCAAAAAUGUUCUCGCUGUGGUUGGUUUUGUGCUUCCUAACAGUAGAGCUCCUUCUUCCCUCCCAAGGUAUAGAAAGAAAGUGGUAUCAUCAAAGGAUCAAUAUAGUGUCAGGAAAACAAAGCGGUUUUCCUGCCCCUAUAGUGCCCUGAGGGUGCCCCCUCCCACAGGGUCCCCUUCCCGUGGCGCUGAAGGGGUUAAAACCCCUUCAGUUACUUACUUUAAUCCAGUGCCUGGCUCCCUCGGCGCUCGUGACCUCUCCUCCCCAUCCGACGUCAGUGGAGCCAAAUGCUUUCCUAUGGACGCUCUGCGCGAUGCAUGCGAAAUUCGGAUCCAGCGUCGCAGAUGCGCCUCUAGUGGCUGUUCGGAAGACAGCCAGUAGAGGCUGGAUUAACCCCAAAUGUAAACGUAUUUGCAUUUGAAGGGUUAAAACCUGAGGGACCUGACACCCAGACCACUUCAUUGAGCUGAAGUGGUCUGGGUGACUUUAAGACUUGAAAAAGCUUAAAAUGUGUUUUCUUUAUAUUAUAAUUUAUAUUAGAUUGAUUUAAUCUUGUUUCACCUAAGUCCUAUAUACAUAACUUAUACAGCAUUUAAACCUAACCAGAAUGAGUACAUUCCACCAUGAGCACUUUUCAGCACAGUCAUUGGCAAAACUAGUGUACAGAGCAGAAACAUGGCGAUCACUACAGUAUAAUACCUAUAAAUUACACAUGUUCUUUUCUCAAGGUGCUUUUCAAUAGAAAACAUUUUACUGUCUGCUAUGUAAUGUCCCCCCACUCCAUAUUCUUAUACUAUGAAUUUCUAUUCUUGUAGAUGUGCUUAUUUCAGGAAAGAAAAGAGAAAUUCAUUACUUUUCUAUGUUGCCUUACUAAGGCAGGUUAUAGUCCUCCAUUUUUACUUUUAAGACAUUCCAUAAAAUGCUCUGCUGUUUAUAUACCUUUAUAUAAACACUGCAGACAGUCUGCUGAUUUUCUAAAUCUCGUUCUUCACCUCUUGUGCCAUGCUUUUAUAGGUAAGCUAAAAUCUAAUAAUUUGCCAUGUCAAUAGCCAUAUUAAUGAUUGUAUUUAUUAUUACUGACUCAACUGUUUGUUGCAUAAAUAGAAACCCUUCCAACUAACACAUUUCAAACAUUAUGAGUCUAUAUACUUACUGAAACUCAGAGAUUCUUUGAAUAAGUAGUUCUGGACGGUUAUCUAUCUAAAAGAUAGAUGACAUGCAAAAAAGAGCAACUACGACUUCAGCGAGGUUACAGAUUAUAUUUAUGCAUUUUCUAGUAAUUUGACUUAACUAUGUAUACAGUAGGUAGAAGCCUUUUUUGCCAGUGUUUUUUCGCCAUGCAAAGCUUUAUGGGGUAAUGCAUAUCAUGCACAGGAAUAUCUGUCCCACGUAAAAUGUAACACUAAAGAGGCAUGGAACCGAUUACAAAAGACGGGUGGUGAUGGUGGACGCCAGGAAAUGUCCCUUCCAGCCAACACACAGAAAAAAGCAGGGUGUGAGUUUUUAAAACUGGUUAAAACAGUUUUUUAAUGGUCUAAUGUAUAAUGUUGUUUUUGUUUUUUGUGUCAAAAUGGGGCUUAAGUUAUAUGUAGCUAGUGUAGGCUGUUUUGUGGACCCAGAACAUAAUUGAAAACGAGAUAAAUCUCAAUGUAUCUUUCCUGGUAAAAUAUUUUAUAAAUAAAUAAUUAAAAUUAAGACACAAUUUAAACAUUUUAAAUAAUUGAUCUACAUAAUGACUUUUAUAAAAUGUUUGGGGCCUUUUGACCUUUCCAGUUUUUGGUCGUAAUGUUGCAAUUUGUUACUAUAGCAGCCAUCUUGUUUUUUUUUUUCCUGCACUGGGCUAACCGUUAGUUUUAAAGAUUAACGUCCUGCUUCAAAGGUGCAGUGUCCGAGCAGGCAACAAUCUUGCAACAUGUACAGUGUAUAAGGUCGAAUAGUGAACUAUUUUGUGCGUUCUGUACCCUUGUUUUAUGGCAGUACCAUUAGUAUAGAUCGGAACAGUGUAAAUUGGCUGUAUCAAGAAGUGUGAAUAAUUUACAAGACAUUUUAGGCUAAAUGUUGGUGUUAUCUAUGAAUUAUACUACACAAAUGCAUUUUUUUUUUUGGAAAUCACUAAAUUGUAGGCUUAGUUAUUUCUAAUCGCAUUCAUUUCCAUCUAUAUCACUUAUUGACAGCAAGUUAUGAAAACAUAUUAAGAAAGUCCUUCAUAUAAUGGUGAAUUGCCAUUAGUUUUAGGUGUAUUUAAAGUUUAAGGCCACAAUAGAUGAAAUGGAAUAUUUCUCCAAGUUAGUUUGUGUUUUAAGUUCAGCUGUUUUGGCCUAAAUAUUUAAAUUAAAGGAACACUAUUGUCAACAAAACAACUUUAGCUUAACAAAUCGUUUUUUGUGUAUAAAUUUAUGUAUAAAUCACUUUGUUUCUGUUUAUGCAGACCUAGCCACACCUCCCCUGGCUGUGACUGACACAGCCUGCAUGAAAACAAAAUGGUUUAAUUUUCAAUCAGAUGUAACUUUAAAGGUUUUUAUUUUCUGCUCUGUAAAUUGAACUUUAAUCACACACAUGAAUCUUCUGCAAGGUUUAGCCAGCUAUUAACAGAGCAGGAGAUAGGAAAUUUUAAUUUAACAAAAUUUGCAAUAAAGGAAGUUUAAACAUUAAAUCACUCUUAACAGGAAGUGUUAGGAAGACUGUGUAAGUCACAUGCAGGGAGGUGUGGCUAGGGCUGCAUAAACAAAGUUAUUUAAUUACUAAAUGGCAUAUAAUUGAGCAGUGAUACUGUAGGGGCAUGAUCUAUACAGCAAAACUGCUCCACUAAGCUAGAGUUGUUUUGGUGACUAUAUUGUCCCUUUAACGUCAUAUUCUCAAAAUUCCAAAUUUAUAGGCCUAAGCCGUAUCCAUCUUGGCUCUUUGCAUUAAUAUUUGCUUUUUUUGGCAUUGAUUCAGUACAAUUCCUGGUUCCAUGUGGCCAAAUAAGUUGGAUGGCUUGGCAAGCUGGGAGUUGUAUGCCAAUAUCAGAUGGUGCAAGAAUUAAAUACUUAAAAAAAAUUUUUUUGUUAGCUUAUCCUACAUUCUUCACAAGAUGGCACUAAAGCCAUUUUCUAACUUUUUGCCUGCAGAACAACGAAUGCAGAAUCACUUUAGAAUUUACUUUUGAAUCAAUAAAUAUCCUUUACUCGGUGAAACAUAAAAAGAUACUUCCAUGAUACACCGAUUAUUACAAUAUUCAGUUAACACUUAAUAUUUAAAACUUCAGUUCUCAUAAAAACAGACCAUGUACUUAACAAUAGAUAACAAAAUUAAAGUGAUACUCCGAUAAAACAUCCCCCACAAAGUUAUUUCACUCAAGUCUCUUCCUCGCCAGAAGAGCCUGUAGCACACUACAGCAUAGCAAUGUGCUGUGCCAUCUGGCAGCCAAAGGGUUAAAUAUUCUGUAUUUUUAUUUUUCCAUUUUCAGCAGGGCUUCAGUCAUCCUCCAUGUAUUUUUCCAUUUCCCUAAGUUUCUUUACAAAAUCCUGGGCCUCCUUGUCCAUUCUCCCAUCGAGCAUUUUCAGAAUAGAUUUGACUAGAGAGAAGAAAGAUAACACAGGUAAGAAUAUAUUCCAUUUAUAAUACUAAACAUAAAAGAGCAUGCAAAUUAAGCAUAGGGAAACCCAAAUUAACCCCGACAUGACAUAGAUCUUAGAAACAUAGAAACAUAGAAUGUGACGGCAGAUAAGAACCGUUUGGCCCAUCUAGUCUGCAAAAUUUUCUAAAUACUUUAAUUAGUCCCUGGCCUUAUCUUAUAGUUAGGUUAGCCUUAUGCCUAUCCCACGCAUGCUUAAACUCCUUUACUGUGUUAACCUCUACCACUUCAGCUGGAAGGCUAUUCCAUGCAUCCACUACCCUCUCAGUAAAGUAAUACUUCCUGAUAUUAUUUUUAAACCUUUGUCCCUCUUCCCAGGACUCUUACAAGAAAUGGCUUUGCAAAUUUCCCUAAUGGAGCUAAACAUGAAAUUAAAAUUGUGGGAUGUGUACAAAGUAUAAUCAAAAUUCACUCGUGUCUUCUCCAUCAAUUUUAAGCACACACCCAAAAAUAUAUAUUACCAUUGGCUUUCGGUCUUGUCAGUUUCAGCACAGUUGGCUGCACAUUUUUCACACCUCCUGUGAUGUGAGGUCUGUUAAGUCCAUAUAUAACAUUCAUGGGCAAGACAGCCUCACCAGCAAAAUCAUUUGUUGACAACCAGUCAUGGUCCAUAACCGUAAACACGAUGCAAGCAGAUUUUCUCCGGCACUGUUCGGAUGAAACCGAGCUGUGAAAGGAGAGAUUAUUCACGUUAAUUCUGAUUUCCACUGUGUAAAAUUACAUUUACCAUUAUGAUAAAGUUAAAAAAAAUAACCGUAACAAUCAGCCAGUAUCUAUAUCUGUAUAUAGAGUUACCAUAUCCACCAUGUUUUCAUAUACAGUUACCGUAUCCACAAUGGUUUCAUAUAGAGUUACCAUAUCCACCAUGGUUUCAUAUAGAAUUACCGUAUCCACCAUGGUUUCAUAUGGAGUUACCGUAUCCACCAUGGUUUCAUAUACAGUUGCCAUAUCUGCCAUGGUUGCAUAUAGCGUUACCGUAUCCACCAUGUUUUCAGGGACACAUCAUUUUGUCACAUUUAUGCAAAUUCAUGAAAAGGAAUGCCCUGCAGUAUUGUAUAAUGCAUAUUCUGCAGGAUUCUUAAUUGCCUUAAUACUUAAUCUUAUACACCAUCUUCUAAAUUGUACACACUACAGGGCUACCCCCUUUUCAUGUGCUGCCCAUCAAUAUGUAUACAUCAUAUAUAUCCCUGAAAACAUGGUGGAUAUGGCAACACUACGUAUAGGUCUUCUGAAAUUGAAAGCAUGUUUAAGCUUGUGUUGGAUCAGUCAUGUGCUAAUAGUUGACAAGACUUAUAUUGGACUGCUUCAUAGAAUAUACUUAAACAUAUUAACACUUAUUUACCUUUUCAGUAACUGGGUACAUUGGUUUGGUAGUGUCUGGUCAUGAGAUGGGUCAGUGGACAGAUCUGCUGUUUUUUGGUUUAUGCUUAGUAUGUAGCACUCAUGAUUAUUGUUGUGACUGAUUUGAUAUUUUUCAAUAAAGUUUUUAAAAGGAUUGAUUUUUAUGAAAAAUAUUUUAAUUGUUUUAUAUUUAUAUAUAUUUGAUACAGAUCAUAUAUAUUUUUUAAUUUCAUAAUAUGUUAAAAAAAAAAUUAGAUCAACCAAUAAUAUAAGUUUGAGGCCUUGUUUUGUAAAAAUGUCAUGACUACAGAAAUUAGUGUCUUUCAUUAAUCCUGCCCACUUUCUAUCCAUACCCAACCACACAUUUAAAAAAAAAAUUGUUUAAGAGCCAUUUGGAUAUAAACCCAACCUGCUCAGUAGUUUGUCUAUGCCUUAUUUAGUAGUUACUCUGCCUGGCUAGCAGAAAAGUAUGUACAUGUACUAGUUUGUGCACCCCUCUUGCUCUCCAGAUUACAAAUAUACGUACAUUCUCUUUCUGUCUUAUUAUCUCGAUGAUCAAAGGGCAUACGCUAAUGUGCUACAUUAGCGUAAUAUACACACUAUAAAGGGUGCAGUUUUUUCAAGAGCCACUGACAUUUGUAUAAGUGGGUCUGACAAAUUGAACUGGCUGCUGAAUGGUUUAUUAAUGCAGAGCACUUUCUUUGCAGGAGUAAAUUGAUGCUGUUGUGUAUGGCGUGUUGAAUGUCCACAGCUCACCUCCCCUUUUGGAGUGCAUUUAUAAAGGACAGUGCCUGGUUAUCUGAGCUAUAAAUCUGACAUCUACUGGCAUUUAUCAUCUAUAAAAAUUAUAAAUACAUAUAUACUAAAGGUACAGAUAAUGUAUUCACAGGACAUUAAAUGCAUGUCAGAAGCUGCCUCUUCUGAGAGCAUGAUGCACAGCGGGAUAAUUAUCCAAGGUAAGUUAGAAUAUGGCAUUGGGAAAUAAUGACACUUCUAUUUUUACUUGCACAGUGCUUCUGGUGCCUUAUUAAUUCCUGGGGCGCUGCACACAUGCAUUUACACUGAACAAAAUUAUAAACGCAACACUUGUUUUUGCCCCCAUUUUUCAUGAGCUGAACUCAAAGAUCUAAGACUUUUUCUAUGUACAUAAAAGGCCAAUUUCUCUCAAUUAUUGUU